UGCAGGGCUAAAUUGCCAACCACUUCCAUCGAAUCAUGGAUCCCAGCCUUUUGAAAGAACGCGAUGCUUUUCUCAAACGAGCAAAGGCUCUUCCAAGUUUCGAGAAACCGCGUAUUCUUCCAACUGCAACCAUUCAGCCUGCCUCGAGUAACUUGCGUCGUUUACCCACUUCUGCUACACCGGAUUUGCGAUCUCUGGAACUACGGCCCCAGUUACAAGGGAAGUUCGCAGUGCUAUCCAGGGUAGUCAAAUACAUGAAGCAACGGCAUUUGGAUCGGGACACGCACCCUCUCACCGUGGAAGAGAUUCUCGAGGAAGCUAUGCUGCACGAUAUCCCUCAGUCGACCGUGCGGUGGCUGGAAGACGAAGCUUUGCCAAAUAAUCCAAAGAUUCGUGUUAUGCCCGAUCGGAAAUUCGUAUUCAAACCUCGGUACGAUAUUCGCACUCGUCAAGACUUGUAUCAACUUCUCAAACGUCAUGAACUUAGGGGCCUAGGUGGCAUCUACAUGGACGACGUCGCCGAGUCGAUUCCAGACGCAGAGAAGGUAAUCAACGGUUUCGGGGAUCAUGUAAUUCGGAUUGUCACCCCUCACGACAAAAAAACCAUUCUCUUCUACAAUGACAAAUCCUUUGAUCUCAAUGUCGAUGAAGAAUUCAAACAGCAAUGGCGGGCAGUUAGUGUGGAAGGAGUACAUGAGACGAAGAUUGAGGAGUACCUUAAGCGCUAUGGUAUUUCUUCAAUGUCAGGAGAUCGAAAGCGAUUUAUCCCUGCCCAACGCAAGAAACCUGGCCAAAAGCGCGCAUUCAACAAGCCAGUUAAGUUGAAGGAUAACGAGCACGUGGUCGACAUAAUUGAGGAUUUCUCCGACAUGAUCAAAUGAACUUUUUCUCGCCCCUACAAUGCUUCCUUAUCUGCUAUUGCCUGAGUCUUUCUUUUGCUCCAUUCCUCUCACUGCUCGACAACAUUUUUUGACAAUCUUCUGUUCUUUUUAUGUUGCUCAGAAAGUAUAGUUAUUUAUUUACGUCACAUAGGCUUCGGUAUCGGUUGGCUCUGUUUCCCAGCCGAAUCAAAUCAGUUGCGGGAUCCACUCCUACACCAACCUACUUCUACUCUUGAACUUUCAAUCCAAUCUUGUCCUUGGCGUUGCUGUUUUCAGCCUUUUACUAAAUAUCACAACUCGCUGCAGUAUUUGACUGCGUGUUAUAUGUUUAUCGAGUACGACGGACACUCAUUUGAUG